GAUACGAUAUGAUUACCGUGUACACGAUGAUCGCGCCUACUGUUUAAACAUACAUAUACAAAACUUGAGACAACAAUAUUUUCUUUCACAUUUUGAACGACGAUAAAAACAUAAAAUCGGAUUGGAGUAGGAAAAACCGACACGAUAUUCAACUAAAUCUGACAGUACCUAAAGUGCCAACAGCUCAGGUUGUCGGUGUUUGUUUUAACAAUUAAAUAAGUAGGGACAUGCUGUUUUUUUAUUCAACUUAAAUUUUUAAAAAGUUUUUGUGAAUUUUAUUUAGUUUUUUCAUCAUUUUCUUUAUUCAUAAAUCAUAACAUUUCUCAUCUUAGAAGAUAAGAUUCACUCGACAACCAAAACAUAUAUUUUAAGCCACUAAGGAAAAACAAAACACCGCCAAAAUGGUUGUCCGUAUGAUAAAUUCUCAAACAAAAUCAUUAAUACGAAACAAUUUAAAAUUAUAUUCACGCACAUAUGCAACGCAUCUUCCAAAAUCGAAAAAUGUCGAAUAUAAACCAAUUCGUAAAGUAUUAGCAGCAAAUCGUGGUGAAAUUGCUAUCCGUAUAUUCCGAGCAUGUAACGAAUUGGGUAUUAAAUCUGUGGCAAUCUACUCGAAUGAAGAUAAACUUUUGAUUCAUAGACAAAAGGCAGAUGAAUCAUAUUUAAUUGGUAAAGGAUUGCCACCCGUCCAAGCCUACUUAAAUAUACCUGAAAUUAUUGAAAUUGCCAAAAAUAAUGGAGUCGAUGCGAUCCAUCCUGGUUAUGGUUUCUUGUCAGAACGUGCCGAUUUUGCACAGGCUGUUGUGGAUGCUGGAUUACGGUUUAUUGGACCCUCACCAGACACUGUCCGACAAAUGGGUGACAAAGUAGCUGCUCGACAAGCUGCUAUUGCUGCCAAAAUUCCAAUUGUACCUGGAACAGACGGACCAGUAACAACUGCCGCAGAAGCGAAAGAGUUUUGUGAAGUUCAUGGAUUACCAGUAAUUUUCAAAGCUGCAUACGGAGGUGGUGGUCGUGGUAUGAGAGUGGUCAAAAAAAUGGAUGAAGUCGUGGAAAACUUUGAAAGAGCAUCAGCAGAAGCCAAGGCUGCUUUUGGUGAUGGUUCAAUGUUUAUCGAACGAUUUAUUGAACGUCCUCGACACAUUGAAGUACAAUUACUUGGUGAUCACGCUGGAAAUGUUGUACACUUAUUCGAAAGAGAUUGUUCUGUACAACGUCGUCAUCAAAAAGUUGUGGAAAUGGCACCUGCUCCACAUUUAGAUCCAAAAGUUCGUGAUGCUAUGUUCAAAUGUGCAUUGCAAAUUGCAAAACAUGUAGGAUAUGAAAAUGCCGGUACUGUUGAAUUCUUGUACGAACCAGCAGCGAAGAAAUUCUACUUUAUUGAAGUCAAUGCCAGAUUACAAGUCGAACACACCAUUACUGAAGAAAUUACAGGAGUUGAUUUAGUACAAUCUCAAAUUCGUGUCGCUGAAGGAUUAACUUUACCAGAAUUAGGAUUAACUCAAGAUAAAAUCCAUGCUAAUGGCUUUGCCAUUCAAUGUCGUGUAACGACUGAAGAUCCAGCCAAAGGUUUCCAACCUGAUUCUGGCCGUAUUGAGGUAUUCCGUACUGGUGAAGGUAUGGGUAUCCGUUUGGAUAGUGCCUCAGCAUAUGCCGGAGCUGUGAUCACGCCACAUUAUGACUCGUUAUUGGUAAAAGUAAUUGCCAGUGCUAAAGAUUUACCAUCAGCCUGUGCAAAAAUGAAUCGUUCAUUACGGGAAUUCCGUAUUCGUGGUGUUAAAACAAACAUUCCAUUCCUAUUAAAUGUAUUAGAAAAUCAGAAAUUCUUAAACGGAGCUGUUGACACAUACUUUAUCGAUGAAAAUCCUCAAUUAUUCGUAUUUCAACCAACCAAAAAUCGUGCACAAAAAUUAUUAACAUAUAUGGCUGAAGUAUUAGUUAAUGGACCACAAACUCCAUUAGCUACUAAACUCUUACCGGAAGAAAUUGUUCCAGUGGUUCCAGAAAUCAAAAUUUUGAAUGAAGGCGCUCGUACCGACGAAGAGGAUUCAUACACAUUACCUCCCCCACCAAAAGGUUUCAGAGAUAUUCUUAAAAAAGAAGGACCAAAAGCUUUUGCCAAAGCUGUACGCGCACAUAAAGGUGCCUUGUUUAUGGAUACUACAUUCCGAGAUGCUCAUCAAUCGUUAUUAGCGACACGUGUUCGAACUCAUGAUCUCCUCAAAAUUUCGCCAUUUGUCGCCCAAAAAUUCAGUCAAUUAUAUUCAUUGGAAAAUUGGGGUGGUGCAACAUUCGAUGUCUCCUUACGUUUCUUACACGAAUGUCCAUGGGAACGUUUAGAAAAAAUGCGUGAAUUAAUUCCAAACAUUCCAUUCCAAAUGUUGUUGCGUGGUGCAAAUGCUGUCGGUUAUACAAAUUACCCAGACAAUGUUGUCUAUAAAUUCUGUGAUUUAGCUGUAAAAGCUGGAAUGGACGUUUUCCGUGUUUUCGAUUCGUUGAAUUAUGUACCAAAUUUGGUUGUUGGUAUGGAUGCCGUCAACAAAGCUGGUGGAGUUGUUGAAGCAGCUAUUUCAUAUUCUGGAGACGUUGCAAAUCCAAAGAAAACGAAAUAUACUUUAGAUUAUUAUACAAAAUUAGCUGAUGAGCUAGUGAAAGCUGGUGCUCAUGUUUUGGCUAUUAAAGAUAUGUCUGGUCUUUUGAAACCACAAUCUGCCAGAUUAUUAGUAUCAGCUCUUCGCGCUCAAUUACCAGACGAUGUUCCAAUCCAUAUUCACACCCAUGAUACAUCCGGUAAUGGCGUUGCAUCAACCCUAUUUUGUGUUGAAUCUGGAGCCGAUGUUGUGGACGUAGCUGUUGACUCCAUGUCUGGAUUAACAAGUCAACCAAGUAUGGGUGCAGUUGUCGCCGCACUUGAAGGCACUGAACAUGAUUCUCACAUUGAUUUGAAUGAUGUCUCAGCGUAUUCUGCAUACUGGCAACAAGUUAGAGGAUUAUACGCACCAUUUGAAUGUACCGCGUUUUUGAAAUCUGGAAAUGCCGAUGUCUAUUUGAAUGAAAUCCCCGGUGGUCAAUAUACCAAUCUCCAAUUCCAAGCAUACUCCUUAGGUUUGGGCGAACAAUUCGAACAAGUUAAAAAAGCAUACAUCGAUGCAAAUCAAAUUUUGGGUGAUAUUAUUAAAGUCACACCAUCAUCAAAGGUGGUUGGUGAUUUAGCACAAUUCUUAGUACAAAAUAAACUAACACGUGAAGAAUGUGAAGAACGUGCCGAAGAAUUAUCGUUCCCGAAAUCAGUCGUCGAAUUCUUACAAGGUCAUAUUGGACAACCUGUUGGUGGUUUCCCCGAACCAUUCCGUAGUAAAGUAUUAAAGAAUAUGCCAAGAAUGGAAGGUAGACCUGGAGCAAGUUUACCACCAUUAGAUUUUGAUGCAUUGAAGACAUCCUUACAAACCGAUACGAAUAGAUCGAUUAGUGAUUACGAUGUUAUGUCCGCUGCCCUCUACCCACAAGUUACAAAGGAUUACUUAGGAUUCAGGGAGAGAUUUGGACCUGUUAAGGAUUUAGAAACUAGAAUAUUUUUGGUUGGUCCUAAAAUUGGUGAGGAAUUUAAUAUUGAAAUUGAAAAGGGAAAGAGUCUUGUUGUACGACAUCUUGCCACAGCGGACGAAACUACUAAAGAGGGAGAUAGAAAGGUAUUCUUUGAAUUAAACGGACAAUUACGAACAAUUUACGUACGAGAUGCUUCAGCAAAGAAAACCGUUGAAGUACAUCCACGUGCCGAAAAAGGCAACGAAAAACAUUUAGGUGCACCAAUGCCUGGAACAGUACUUGAAGUUCGCGUUAAAGUAGGCGAUACAGUUGAUAAAGGUACCCCCGUUGUUGUAUUAUCCGCAAUGAAAAUGGAAACAAUUGUACAAAGUCCAGUCGCUGGUAAAGUUAAGAAAAUUCUAGUCAAAGUCAACGAUAAUUUACAAGCUGAAGAUCUAGUUUUAGAAUACGAAUAAAUUAAAAAAUAAUUUUUCAUAAAAAUUAUUUAUCGUUCUUUUAAAAAAGACAUUUUUCUAAUCAAAACACAGAUGGCUCUACUUAUUAUAUACAGUAGAGCCAUCUGUCGAUCCUAUCCACACAAUACAAUAUGAAAUGAAUGUUGCGAAUGAAAAGAAUGUGGACAUUAGGAUAUUUUUGAUAAAUUUUUUUCUGUUAUUUGUUAUUAUUUUUUAUAUAAUUUAUAAUGUUAUAUAGUUUUAUAUAAUAGGCGCCUAAAAAUCCUAAUUUUCUUCCCAUGUUUUUUU